AUGAAACUGUUAGCAAUAUCUCCCUCUCUCGAUACCCGCUUCGUCACGGUUCUACUGCUGGUGAUGGGCCUCUCUACACCCGGACAAGCAGAAAUCACCAGUCUGGAUUCAGCUAACAUAGAUGACGUCCUAAAUAAUGCUGGGGUGGCAUUAGUCAAUUUUUAUGCAGACUGGUGCAGAUUCAGUCAGAUGCUCCAUCCAAUUUUUGAGGAGGCAUCUAACAUAGUGAGGGAGGAGUUCCCUGAAACCAAGCAGGUGGUGUUUGCCCGUGUCGACUGUGACCAACACUCGGACAUAGCCCAGCGGUACCGCAUCACCAAGUAUCCGACAUUGAAGUUGUUCCGCAAUGGGAUGAUGAUGAAGAGGGAGUACAGGGGUCAGAGGUCGGUGGCGGCCAUCGCUGACUUUAUCCGCCAGCAGCAGGUCGACCCUGUGAAAGAGAUACAGUCAAUGGAGGAGAUUAACACUCUGGAUAGGAGCAAGAGACACAUCAUAGGCUAUUUUGAAAGCAGGGACACAGACAACUACCACACAUAUGAAAAAGUUUCCAACAUCCUUCGAGAUGACUGCACAUUCUUGGCUGCUUUUGGCUCCGUAUCUGAGGCCGAGCGCUUCAGUGGAGACAAUAUAAUCUACAAGCCUGUCGGGGAGGGCGUACCUGACAUGAUCUACCUCGGCUCACUCACCAACUUCGACCUGACCUAUGCUUGGGCCCAGGACAAGUGUGUGCCUCUGGUCAGGGAGAUCACCUUUGAAAACGGAGAGGAGCUGACUGAAGAAGGAAUUCCUUUUCUCAUCUUGUUCCACGUUAAAGAAGACGGAGAGAGCUUAGAGAAGUUUCAACAUGAAGUGGCUCGCCAGCUCAUCAGUGAGAAAGGGUCUAUAAACUUCCUGCACGCGGACUGCGAGAAGUUCCGCCAUCCUUUGCUCCAUAUCCAGAAAACUCCUGCUGAUUGCCCCGUCAUCGCUAUAGACUCAUUCAGACACAUGUAUGUCUUUCCUGACUUUAAAGACCUCAGCGUCCCUGGCAAGCUGAGACAGUUCGUGUUGGACCUUCACUCUGGAAAGCUACACCGAGAGUUCCACCACGGUCCCGACCCCACAGACAGCACGCCCGGACAGGAGGAGACGGGAGGAGAAGUGGCCAGCAGCCCUCCAGAGAGCUCGUUCAUGAAGCUGGCGCCCAGCGAGACUCGCUACACCAUCCUCAGACGGGACCGCGAUGAGCUGUGACCUCACCGACCUUCCAGUGAUCCUGUGACUCAAUGCCACGCCCCAGGGUCAGGGAGGGGGUUAGGGUUGGGACAGGCCAGCGGGACAGAACAGCAACACCCAACACCCUUACUGAAGAGAGAGAGAUGGAGAGGAGGAGGAGAAUGAAGAGGAAGAAGGAGAAAAAGAAGAACAGGAGGAAAAGAGAGUUCAGUCCACGACACAACCAUGUUGGAAUAACCUAUAUUUUCAUAACUCUUUCACGUACAGUUUUUAUUUUGGAUCAAAAAGAAGGGGGGUAAAGAAGAAAUCGUGUGUGGGCAGGGGUUAGGGGCAUCAAGAGAAGUGUUUUUACUUUUAUUUUUUGGAGCUUGUAAAUACGUUUGUGCUACAUGGGAGUCUCAUUGUUGGUCUAAAUUAAAUGCAGAUUUUUCUUUAUUUUAUGCCUUUCUUUUACAUCACCCGGCUUUUUGUAGAAAAAAAAACAAAAAACAGAACAGUUCCCUCACUCCAGUUGUACGGUUCUUAUCUGUGGGUAGUCCAGUUCAGCCUGAUAGGAGACACUUGUUUAGUCUCACUGACCUCAUGGCUGCAUCUCAAUAUGACCAACUCUAGUCUAAUUCAUUUGUAUAGCACAACUUAUAACAAUAUGCCUGCUUGAAGUAGCUUUAUCUCCAUAUCUUCUCCACACACACUGAAGGAACAGAAAAGUAUUUUGGAAAUGCUUUGUAGGGUUAACAUACUUUAAACCAUGACUUGAGACAGAAGAUAAAGAGACGGAGCUACUCCAGCCUAUUGAGAUGCACCCCUUCUCUCCCUGGUACUAAAUGGUUAUAGAUUAUGAUGUCUCUUACAGUGCUUAUAAAAAGUAUUGCCCCCUCUGACCUUUUUGUGUGUCGCUGUUUCACAACACUGAAUUGCAGUGGAUGUAAUUAGGAUUUUAUUUUUGUCAACAAUCAAGAGAAAAUACUGUAACGUGAAAGUGAAUGUGCCUUUUUUGGCCAUCAUACUAAAUUUAGUAGAAGCCUUAAAGGGAUAGUUCAGAUGUUUUGAAGUGCGGUUGUAUGGGGUCGGUGUUUCCCUAUGGUAGUGAUCAGUCGGCACAUCCUCCAGUUUGGAGAAGCAGACUGGAGUCCGACACAGAAGCUAAGCAGUGUACUGCUGUGUACACUGUAUUGAGAAAAUAGUCACUGCUUUACAUUUCAAUCACGCAGCGCGUUUUGAUCGGGGAGCCAUAAGCGGCGUCACUUCCCCAUCAGACUCCAUUGAAAAAACAAUGAUUUUAACUCGCUGAACACAGGAGCUGCUGUUCUACUGCUGCUUCAGUCAGUUAGUGUUAUUGUGUGACUUCGGUGAAUCAGAACCACUUCUUUUAAAUGCCAAAGUCACACAAUAACACAAACAAACUACGUGAUUAAGCCAGCAGUAGAUUUGCAGCUCCUGUGUUUAGCAGCAUUAAAUCACUGUUUUUGUCAAUGGAGUCUGGCCUAUAAGAGAGCGAUAUAAUGGCUUUGUUUUCCCAUUGGAAAUCCCUGUCUAACUCAAAGGUAAAGCUUUGAAAAUAGUCUAAAUAUAGCACACACUUCAACUGAUUGAUGAUUUUAGGUGGCCAAAAUAUGUUGGACUCCAGCUUGAUUCUCCAGAUUGGGGGUGUGCCAACUGACAUCUACUGUAGGUAAUGUACACUCUGUGGAUAAGUACCCCAUACAACCCCACUUCAGAAAAUCUGAACCAUCCAUUUAAACUGCACAAUACCAAAAAAAGAACACACCAUCCCUGUCAUGAAGCCUGGUGGUGGCAGCAUCAUGCUGUGUGGAGGCUUCUCUGCAGCGAGCCCUGGACGGCUUGUCAGUGUAGAAUUGAUGCAGCAAAGUGCAGAGAAAUCCUGGUAAAAGCAACUAAAGUUGUAUUUUUCACAGCAAGACAACCCCAAACAUGAAACCAAAUCUACACAGGAUUUCAAAGAAUUAGUGUCCAGAUGUGUAAAGCUGUUACAGGCCUUUUGAAGUAGACCAUAAGGCUGUAACUGUUGCCAAAGGUGCCUCUAUUAAGUACUGUCUUGAAGGACAUGAAUACUUAUGCAAUCAGGAGUUCUGUUAUUUUUGUACCCAAGAAAUGUUUCUGUUUAGUCUCGAAAAUGCUGAUUACCUCCACUACUGCACAACAUUAAAAGUAAAAGGGGGCUGGAUACCUUUUUAAAGGCACAGUAUUUGCCAUAACACUUCUUGAGUUGUGUUCCUGGGGAUCAAGUAGAGGAGAAAAAAAAUGUUUUUGCAACGAUGUACUUUAAAAAUGAUUAGGAAUUUAUGAAAUGGCUGUUGUUUUUGCUGUUACCUGUUGUCAAAUGUGUCAUCAUGCUGGGGGAGAAAAGAUGGUGGCCUUCCCGGUGUUUUAAAAAAAGCCGAGAGACAAGAGGGGAAAACCCGUGUGAUGAAUGGUGGAAAUUUACAGUCUGCCACUUUAUACAAGUUCUCUUAAAACUGGUUUUGUCUCUUUAUAUGUCUUUGAGGUUUUGGUACAAGUCUAGAUCCCUGAGAUCCCCUGAGUGUGAAUGAAUCCAGAUUAUGAAUACGGGGACCCAUUGCUAAGGUUGUACUGUGUGUCCUGCCCUUCCAUAGAGGCCAAAAGAUGCCUGCAUAGUGACAUAUCAGCCCACAUACAGGAGAGCAACAGGGGGGAGCGUGAUGCCAUUUCUAAACCAGUCAUCUCAGAGGGGAAGAAGAGUUAAAAAAUGAAAAAGUAAAUUAAAAACCAUUUUACAGGA